GGCGAGCGCAGGCGGGCGAGCUGUCUUGUAGCACUGAAUCUGAACAUGGUCAGCAUCCGGCAACACUGCGACCACGGUGUCUGGUCUCAAUGUGUUGGAUGAAGUGAGGCACAAGGAGGGUGGCAGAGACCGCCAGGGGCCUGUAGUAUGUCAUAUGCAUGUGCAGGUCCCUGGCAAUCCGCUCCAGCAAGUGAAGAGUGACUUACUACAGCUUCUGCCAUGGACUUACUACAGCUUCUCAUCAGCCGGCUCCCGGUGUGCACCCGACAAGCUAAUAACAACGUGGACUCUGCCACUAGUGCUAUGUACAGGGAUCGGUUCGAUAGCUUGCUUCAGCUUGCUUGUAUGUACUUCAUCAUCACUUUGUGCACCGUCUCGCCUCCCAGCACGAAGCAUAUCCUCCUCCACGCCCACCUCUCGCCCUGCUACGAAUUCCCUGGUUGAACUCUGACAACUCUCUCUCUGGCCAUCCUCGACAACAUACGACCAUGGCAGAAUCCGCUCCUGUCGAUGGCUUGUCCACGCCCAGAAUUACCACUUUCGCCAUCAUGGGCUGCACGGGAAACACGGGCACUGCCAUCAUUCAGCAUUUGCUCGACACACCCAAUGUCAAGAUUAACGCCUACUGUCGAAACAAGGCCAAGCUGUUCAACGCCAUGCCUGCCACGAGGGAGAACAAGAAGGUCGAGGUGUUCGAAGGCAGUAUUCAGGACGUGGACCUGCUGGCCCGUUGUAUGCAGGGAGCAAGAGCGGUCUUCCUUCUCGCCAGCACAAACGACAAUGUCCCCGGAUGUCGCAUCAGCCAGGACCUCUCUCUGGCGACAGUGACGGCACUGAAAAAGCUCAAAGCAGAUUCUGACUCCUUCCAGCCUCCCAAGCUGGUGUUACUGUCUUCCGCCACCGUCGACGACUACCUCAGCCGCAAAAUUCCCUACUUCCGGCCCAUCAUGCUCCGCGCCGCUUCGAACGUGUACGAGGAUCUGCGACGCACCGAGACGUUUCUGCGAGCGCAGGAAGAUUGGCUGACGACCAUUUACAUCAAACCGGGAGGCUUAUCCAAGGACAUUGGAAGAGGUCACAAGCUCACUUUGCACGACGAAGAGACCUUCCUCUCCUACGUGGAUCUGGCGGCGGGCAUGAUUGAAGCCGCGAGCGACACUUCCGAUCAGUGGGAUGGGAAAAAUGUGGGCGUCAUCAAUGCGGGCAGAAAGGCCAAGUUUGAAAGGAGUACACCAGCGACCAUCUUUUUUGGCCUCAUUCGCCACUAUUUCCCCUUCUUGCACCCAUAUCUUCCA